UGUAAAUGUGAAGAUGCCUCAAACAAUCUUGCCUCCCAUUUUCAUUCACAUCUUUUCCUGGAAGUAGUUUGCGAGCGAAUCUGGAGAAUCUGGAGAACCUGGUCUCUUAUUGAAUCUCUUAUUGUUCUCCAAUACCUUACCCAAUUGGUUUAUUCUGAAUUCUAGGUUACAUAAGAGUUACCCAAACAGCAUGACCGCAUGAGUUUAACUGACAGUUACUACCUUUAAGCUCCUUGAAUUUGGGUUUCUACCGUGGUUGUGAAUUGGGAGGCGAGGUUUCCAUAUUCACGAUGGCUUCCUUCGCAAGGACCGUGCCUCGGCGUAUAGGCCAAUCAGCAGCUCGUAUACGAGCUUCAUCCGCCUUGAGUUCUCGCCUACAACCAUUGGCUCCGUGGGUAUGCAAUCACUGUACGUAUAAGGCAGUAACUGCAGUUACACAGCAGAGGUCGUUCGCGACCGUAAAAAAAACAGGGGUAGAAAAAUACGAACAAUUGGACACUUUCCCCCGUCGUCACAUUGGCCCCGAUGAAGUCGAUACGGUCGAAAUGCUUAAGGCUCUAUCUCCUCCCGUUGCGAGUUUAGACGAAUUCGUUGGACAAGUUAUUCCGCCUAAUAUAUUGUCUAAGAAGGCACUCAGCUUCCCCCCUGAAAGCGAAUCGGCUCUAAAGGCGAAGGUCAACGAGUACCUGGGCGAUACCGUCGUGAUGAAAAGCUUUCUCGGCCAAGGAUACUAUGGAACUCACACUCCGGCCGUCAUCCAACGGAAUGUUCUUGAGAAUCCGGCCUGGUACACGAGCUACACCCCCUAUCAGCCAGAAAUCAGCCAGGGUCGCUUGGAGUCCUUACUCAAUUUCCAGACUAUGGUCACAGAUCUCACGGCGCUUCCUAUUGCUAAUGCCAGUCUCCUGGACGAGGGUACAGCAGCCGCAGAAGCUAUGACUCUUUCUAUGAACGCACUAUCAACCUCAAGAGCCAAGAGAGAAGGAAAGACAUUUGUUGUCUCUACAUCUCUCCACCCGCAGACUAUCUCAGUCUUGCGCGGACGUGCUGAUGGUUUUGGUAUCAGAAUUCUAGAACUUGAUCUGUCAGAAGAUGGCUCCCAUGCCGAGAUCGAGAAGCUUGGCGAAGACUUAGUUGGUGUUAUGGUACAAUAUCCCGACACCUAUGGUCACGUCAACAAUUUCGAACCCCUGGCCGACUUAGCGCAUAAACAGGGUGCACUUCUCAGUGUUGCUACUGACCUCUUAGCUCUGACUAUGCUCAAGCCUCCCGGAGAGUGGGGAGCAGACAUUGCAUUUGGAAGCGCUCAAAGAUUUGGCAUACCGAUGGGAUUCGGAGGUCCACAUGCCGCUUUCUUCGCCGUCCAGGAGAAGCACAAGAGGAAGAUGCCGGGUCGACUGGUUGGGCUUUCUAAGGAUCGAUUAGGUGGUAAGGCAUACCGACUAGCUCUACAAACCCGAGAACAGCACAUUCGAAGAGAGAAAGCGACUAGCAAUGUGUGUACAUCUCAGGCAUUACUGGCCAAUAUGAACGCUCUCUACGCAAUUUAUCAUGGUCCUGAAGGGCUCAAAGCAAUCGCUGAACGAGUCAUCCGUGGAGCAAGGACUAUUCAAGCUAUUGCUGAAAAACAUGGAUUUGCUACUCAAAAGAGCAAUUGGUCUAGUAAUGGUAGCGUUCUAUUCGAUACAGUCAUCGUUGAUAUUGGAUCCAACGAAAAACGAAGCCGUUUGGCUAAAUUAGCCAAUGAACACGGAAUAUACGUCCGCCAAAUUGGUGAACAGCAAAUUGGUAUCUCAAACGACGAGACAACAUCUCUAGAUGACUUGGUUAAGAUAUCGCAGGUAUUUGAGGGCAUUACCCGCAAUGGCGACUUGGAUUCCUAUCAUAUCACAGAGGAGAACGUGCAACAGAUACUCAGUCAGAAUACCGGUUCAUUGGAUAUCCCCGAAGCCUUUCGACGAACGUCUAGCUUCCUAACACAUCCUGUCUUCAAUACACACCAUUCCGAAACAGAACUUCUUCGAUACAUUUACCACUUGCAGUCCAAGGAUUUAUCCCUUGUUCACUCCAUGAUUCCUCUUGGCUCAUGUACCAUGAAACUCAAUGGAACUACGGAAAUGUCGCUCAUCACUCUGCCUGAAAUCUCUCAGAUACACCCUUAUACCCCGCAGAUGUUCGUUUCACACUAUGAGAAAAUAUUAGGGUUAUUCAUGGAACAGUUGCAAAAGAUAACGGGAAUGGACAAGGUCUCUCUUCAACCUAACUCUGGAGCCCAAGGUGAAUUUGCUGGUCUCCGAGCCAUCAGGGAGUACCAUAAAGCAAAUGGGAAUGGUGGAAAGAAACGGGAUAUAUGUCUUAUCCCCGUCUCUGCCCAUGGUACAAACCCCGCAUCUGCCGCUAUGGCCGGUAUGCGAGUAGUACCGAUUAAGUGUGAUACAGCUACGGGUAACCUCGACUUGGCAGAUCUGGAGGCAAAAUGUAAGAAGCAUCAAGACGAACUCGGAGCUAUUAUGGUCACCUACCCUAGCACAUUUGGCGUAUUUGAGCCCGAGAUUAAGAAGGUGUGCGAACUCGUUCAUGAGCAUGGCGGAUUGGUCUACAUGGACGGCGCAAACAUGAAUGCGCAGAUCGGACUUUGUUCCCCUGGAGAGAUCGGCGCUGAUGUAUGUCAUCUAAAUCUCCACAAGACUUUCUGCAUCCCACACGGUGGAGGCGGACCCGGUGUCGGACCCAUUUGUGUAAAGGAGCGUCUCCAGCCUUUCCUACCCCGUGAUCCGAACCCUACGGGCAGCACGGCAACGACCGGUGGUUAUGCAGUGAGCAGUGCAAACAAUGGCAGCGCCAGUAUCAACCUCAUCAGUUGGGCGUAUAACACCCUUAUGGGAUCCGAGGGUCUCACUCGUGCUACCAAGAUCACGCUUCUCAAUGCUAACUACAUCCUCUCACGCCUGAAGCCUCACUACGAGAUUCUGUAUGUAAAUGAGCACGGGCGUUGCGCCCACGAAUUUAUCCUUGACGCUCGUCCUUUCCACAAGACCGCCAGCGUAGAGGCUAUCGACAUUGCCAAGCGUCUGCAGGACUACGGAUUCCACGCGCCAACAAUGAGCUGGCCUGUCGCCAACACAUUGAUGAUUGAGCCUACUGAGAGCGAGAGCAAGGAAGAACUCGACCGUUUCAUCGAUGCCUUAAUUAGCAUCCGUGGAGAGAUUCGCGAGAUCGAAGAAGGCAAAGUUCCACGUGAGGGUAACGUCCUCAAGAUGUCACCGCACACGAUGCAAGACCUAAUCGCAGGCGAUGGUGAGGGAGGCGGAAAGUGGGAUAGGGUCUACUCGCGCGAGAAGGCCGCAUAUCCAUUACCGUGGCUCAAGGAGAAGAAAUUCUGGCCCACAGUCACAAGGAUUGAUGACACCUACGGUGAUCUCAACCUCUUCUGCACGUGCCCGCCGGUCGAGGACACCACCAGCUCUUAAAAUAGCAUUUUCAUAUACCUAACCCCCUUGCAUCUUUCCGGCGUAGCGCAUAAGGUUAUCCAUUUUCAACAUGAUGGAAGAUAAAGGCGUACGGGAUUUACGAUUUACAGGGGUCUUUUCAACACAUAGAUCAAAGCAGCAUAGA